AUGGCUGGAAUCCCUCCUCCGCGCACGCAUGCGUCCGGAGCCGCUUUUCUCGCGCUGGCGCUCGUCCUCGCGGCAACCAGCCAGGCGCAGUUUUGGACUCAGCACGGACUCUCCUACGCGCUGAGGUCCGAGUUAUCCGAAGACACGGUGCUGGUGGCCAACAACGGCGUCCGGGUGCCUUUCGGGAGGUCCGUUUUUGUGGAUCCCGUCAACGACCUGGUGAUUCAAGUUCAGCCCGGCGACAGGUGCAGCAUCACCGUUCUGGACAAUGACCCUUUGUCCCAAAGACCUGGGAGUCUAACCCCGAAAAAGUUCCCGUGCGAGUUCGGCCCCAACGAUGUGAAGUAUUCUCACUUCGGCUCCCGGAGUCCGGCCAGAGACCGAGUGAGACUGCAGCUCCGGUACGACACGCAGACCGACACUAUCGUGAUCCCGUUCAUGAUGGAAGUGGAGGUGGUUUUCACGCAGCUGGAGGUGCUCACCAAGAACAUGCCGCUCACUGUGGAGAAGCUGCUGGGGAUCAGCAACCCCAUCGACAGGCGGAUUCUGGAAUUUACCUUCGACAGACAAACGCAGCAGUGCAGGAUCACCCCCUUGCUCGGGGGUGGCGCCUUACCAAGGUACGGAAGCUUAGUAGACGAGAGCAGUUUGGCGACCGGAAUGACGGACUGCGACGACUUUCUCCGGAUGAACCUCCGCUAUCGGCACACGUUUGCUUCCAAGUCGCCGAGUCGGGAUUACGUCCCCAUGGUGGUGGAGCUGCACGACAAGGAGGGGAACCUCCUCAAGCAGGAGUUUUUCCAAAUAUUGGUGAGGAUUAAAGAAGGUGAGGAGAACACGCCACCCAAGCCCAGCUUCGUAGCAAUGAUGAUGAUGGAAGUGGACCAGUUCGUCAUGACGGCGCUAACCGCCGACAUGCUGGCCGCCGAGGACUCCGAGUCAGACUCGGACGAGCUCAUUUUUAACAUCACGUCCCCUCUCUCCUACGAGGAAGGUUACAUCGUGAGUACAGACGAUAGGAAUUUACCCAUAAGCUCCUUUUACCAAGGCGACCUCAAAGACUUUAAAAUCGCUUACAAGCCACCCGCGGUAGACUCGGACAGCGAACGGAUUUUCCAGCUGGAAUUCGAAGUGGUGGACACCGAGGGCGCCGUGUCGGACCCUUUCGCGUUUAUGAUCGUGGUCAAACCCAUGAACACUUUAGCCCCCGUGGUGACCAAAAAUACCGGUCAGUUGCUUUACGAGGGACAGUCCCGACCGCUGUCUAGCUCGCACAAUCUAGAAAUCAGCGACGAAGACAAUCUGGACAGAGUUCAAAUCUCCGUAGUCGGCGGUUUGAAGCACGGGGACUUAACCGUUUUGGACUCCGGCAGAAAGUUUUUCACGCCGGCGGACCUCAAGGCGGGCCGAGUGGUUUAUCAGCACGACGGCAGCGACACUUACAGCGACAACAUCGUUUUCCGGAUGACGGACGGCUCUCACGAGGUGGAGUUCCUGUUCCCCAUCACCGUCGUCCCCACCGACGAUGAACCGCCGAUAGUCAACGCCAACACUGGGUUGGUUCUCUUCAAGAACCAGAUGAUGCCCAUCUCCUCGCUCACCCUCAGCGCUGCCGACAUCGACUCUGAGGAUUCCACUAUUAAAUUCAUCAUCCGGCCGCCCUUUUCCACCAUCGGGCAGGUUCUCCUGCGCCAGGCUGAGGCGCCGGAGGACCCGUCGACGUGGAAGUUCAACACGGAGGAGGAAAUGUACGAGAAGGCGGUCACCGAAUGGCUGCAGCGGGACGUAACUGACGGGAAAGUGUUUUACAAGCACGUGGGACCGCACGACACCCGGACCCUCACGGAUCAGUUCAAAUUCCAGGUUCAAGAUGACAACGACCCCCCGAAUCAGUCAGAGGAGAGCUGGUUCAUCAUCAAAAUCCUCCCUGUGGACGAUCUCCCGCCCGAGCUGCACCCUGAAGCUACUCUCCAAACGACGGUGCACGAGUACCAGCUAACGCACUUGCGUAAGAAGUUCCUCCGCUACACGGAUAUCGACUCUGAGGACCGAGAUCUAAAAUACACCGUCACGCGGCCUCCGACGGACACCGACGAGAACAACCCUAUCGUCCUCGGAGCUCUUGUUCUCACCGACAACCCGAAUGUCGAAGUCGUGACUUUCACUCAGGCUCAAAUCAACCACCACAAAAUUGCUUACAAGCCCCCCGAUCUGGAGCUGGGAAUUACCACCCACAUUCUGCAGUUCAAGUACACCGUCGAGGACGUUUCCGGGAAUAGCGUCGACGGCGUUUUCACAAUUUUCCUAAAACCGGUCGACAACAAACCGCCAGAAAUUACCAACUCAGGGUUUACAGUUCUUGAACGGGGUGCGCAUACCAUUACGGGUGCAGAGUUGUACACUUCCGACUCCGACACAGACAGCAAGCUAAUAUCGUUCACGGUUUCCCGGCCUCCCCUCCACGGAAACCUCCGGUUCGGUUUCACGGACAUGACGAGAGGAGACGCGUUCAACUUAGAGGACAUCGACAACGGUCGAGUAUCUUACCUCCACAACGGAGAUGAAUCCACAGCCGACUCCGUACAAAUAGACGUCAGCGACGGAAUCCACGUAGUCCCGAUUACCGUCAAGAUUACCGUAAAACCCAUCGACGAUGAGACUCCGUCCGUAAGUCUCCCUGCGGGUACGGUCGGGUCUUCUAUCGACGUUCUAGAGAACGGGGUGACGGAAAUCACCAGUAAUGUCAUUCAGGGCCGAGACGAGGACACGGAUGAUCUUCGUUUGACUUUCAUCGUUGAAAACCCGCCAUCAUUAGGUGAAAUUCUGGUCCGAGGCAUCCCGUCCGCCGUGUUCACCCAGGCCGAUAUCAUCAACGGGCACGUUCUCUACGCCCACACCAGCGGUGAAUUAGGAUUUACCACCAAAGAAGAUAGUUUCAACUUAACUCUUACGGACAUGUCUGAUGAAUGGACGGUGGGCGGUAAUAAGAUUACCGGCGUCCGAGUCCACGUGACCGUCCUCCCGCUGGACAGCCAGCCCCCGCAGGUCUUUGUGGGGACGCAAUUCUCCGUCACGGAGGGCGAGAAAAACGCCAUCCUGACCCAUCACAUCACCGCCGAUGACAUCGACACCUUGGUGGAAGACCUCCUGUGCACUAUUAUAGUGCAGCCCACUUCGGGCUACGUGGAAAACAUCUCGCCGGCCCCCGGCUCGGAAAAAUCCAGGUCGGGCACGGCUAUCAGCGCAUUCACUAUCAAGGACAUUCAGCAGCAUCACAUUUACUACGUUCAAAGCAUCCACAUCGGAGCGGAACCAGUGGAGGACAGAUUUACGUUCCGAUGCUCCGAUGGUAUCAACUUCUCCGAAAGGUACUUUUUCCCGAUCUCCAUCAUCCCGGCUAACGACGAAAAACCCGAGAUUUACAUGCGGGAGUUUGUCGUGAUGGAAGGGAUGAACAUAGUCAUCGACACCCCGAUUUUGAACGCGGCUGACGCGGACGUUCCUUCAGACCAGCUUACUUUUAUCGUCACCAGACCACCCGCGCACGGGUUUCUCCUAAAUCAGCUUACCACUGGUACCGUUCCCGUCUUUAACUUCACCUUGGAGCAGAUCAGCGAGGCGUCCGGCAUCGUGUACGAGCACGACGACUCGGAAUCCACGCGGGACAGCUUUGACGUGCUCCUCACUGACGGAAAGUUCAGUGUACAGAAAACGGCCAUCGUGAUGAUCAUCCCCGUGGACGACGAGACGCCCAGAAUGUCCAUCAACGACGGUCUGGAAGUCGAAGUGGGUGAUGUUAAAGUCAUCGACGGCAACGUUUUAAGCGCGACCGAUCUGGACUCUGAGGACAGCGCGCUGACGUAUGUUAUUCGGCACGCGCCCGGUCAGGGUUAUUUGCAGAAAACCAUGCCAAACGGGUUACGGCAAAACAUCACGGCGGGGAUGAAUUUCACACAAGAGGAUGUGGACCGGGGUUUGAUCAUCUACGUGCACAACGGCCAAGAGGGCGUUCGCGACCUGGUCAAAUUCGACGUGACGGACGGCUUUAACCCUUUGAUCGACAGAUACUUUUACAUCACGGUGGGUGGCAUCGACAUGGUUUUCCCUCACGUGAUUAGUAAAGGCGUGUCCCUGAAAGAAGGCGGCAGGGUCACUCUGACGACCGACUUGCUCAGCACCAGCGAUCACAACAGCCCGGACGAACACUUAGUGUUUACCAUCACUCGCGCUCCGGUGCGAGGUCACCUGGAGUGCACGGACACCCCCGGAAUGCCCAUCUCGUCUUUUACUCAACUUCAGCUGGCGGGGAGUAAGAUCUACUACAUCCACACGGCCGACGACGAAGUCAAAAUGGACAGCUUCGAGUUCGAGGUGACCGACGGCUACAACCCGGUUUUCCGCACGUUCCGCAUAUCCAUCGCCGACGUGGACAACAAAAAGCCGGUGGUGACGGUGCACGGCCUGGUGGUGACGGAGGGCGAGAACAAACUCAUCACGCCUUUCGAGCUAACGGCGGAGGACAGAGACACCUCGGACCGACUCUUGAAGUUCUCCGUCACCCAAAUUCCCUUACAUGGCCGCUUGCUCUUUAACGCCACCCGACCGGUCACCUCCUUCACCAAGCAGGACCUGAACGAGAACAUGAUCAGCUACAAGCACGACGGCACGGAAAGCGCGGAGGACAGCUUCUCCUUCACGGUCACCGACGGCACCCACACGGACUUUUACGUCUUUCCCGACACCGUCUACGAGACUCGGAAGCCUCAGGUUAUGACGAUCAGCAUCCUCCCUCUGGACAACGGGGUGCCCCAGAUCGUUGUCAACAAGGGCGCCCCGACGUUACGGGUUUUGGACGGCGGCCACUUGGGCUUUGUUAUCACGAGUAAAUCCCUGAGAGUGGAAGAUCGAGACAGCACGCGGGGUUCUGUGCUCUUUCGGAUUACAACUGCACCGCAGCACGGCUACCUGAUCAACACGGGGAAAGGAAACGCUACAAUCUCCACAUUCACACAAGCGGACAUCGACGACAUGAAAGUCUGUUACAUCCUGAAGAAGGGCAACGACGCUACCAAUGACAUCUUCACCUUCUCCAUUGAAGACAACGGUGGAAACAAACUAAGGAACCAGCAGUUCCGUCUCAACUGGGCUUGGAUCUCGCUGGAGAAGAGCCAUUACGUGGUGGACGAGGAGCUCAAGUUCCUGGAAGUGGCGCUGAAACGUCGAGGUUACCUGGGGGAGACUUCCUUUGUUAGCAUCGGCACCGAGGACGGAACGGCGCUCAAGGACAAAGAUUUCCGCGGCAAAGCUCAGAAGCAGGUUCAGUUCAACCCGGGUCAGACCGCCGCCACCUGGAAGGUCCGCAUUCUGUCAGAUAGCGAGUACGAGGUGUCCGAGACCUUCCGGAUCGUUCUCUCCGAGCCCGUCAUGGCCGUCCUGGAAUCCCCGGAGACCGCCCACGUGGAGAUUGUGGACCCCGGUGACGAGUCGACCGUCUUCAUCCCGGCGGCCGCGUACAGCGUGGAGGAGGACGUCGGCGAGCUGACGGUCCCGGUGAGGCGCAGCGGCGAUGUCGGACAGGAGCUCAUGGUGGUCUGCUUCACGCAGCAAGCGUCAGCCACGGGCACGGUGCCCACCACCGUGCUGUCCUACUCGGACUACAUCUCACGGCCGGACGACCACCGCAGCGUGCUACGUUUCGACAAGGGCGAAGUGGAAAAGCCUUGCCGCGUGGUCGUCAUCGACGACUCCCUGUACGAGCCCGAGGAGAGCUUCAACGUCACCCUCGGCGCCCCCAUGGGGGGCCGCCUGGGCGCCCGUUUCCCCAGCGCCAGGAUCACCAUCGUGCCUGACGCGGAUGACGCUCCCGUCUUCUACUUCGGCAACACCAACUAUCACGUGGAUGAGAGCGACGGCUUCGUGGAAGUGCAGGUGUGGAGGACGGGAAGCGACCUGUCCAAAGCCGGGACCGUGACGGUGCGCUCCCGGAAGACGGAUCCGGUCUCAGCGGAGGCUGGAACGGAUUACGUGGGGAUCAGCCGGAAUCUGGACUUUGCGCCGGGCGUCACCAUGCAGACGUUGCGUGUCACCAUCCUGGACGACCUGGGCCAGCCCGUGCUGGAAGGUCCCGAGAGGUUCCAGCUGAUUCUGCAGAUGCCUGUCAACGGCCUCCUCGGGGAGCCCGGCAAGGCCGGCGUCCUCAUUAACGACUCCUUGUCCGACCUGCCCACGGUGCAGUUCCGAGAUGCCGUUUACACGGGCGAGGAGAAAUCCGGACGCGUUACGGCCACCGUGUACCGCAGCGGAGAUAUCGGACACAAGUCUACGGUGCGAUGCUACAGCAGACAAGGGACGGCGCAGGUUAUGAUGGACUUCGUCGAAAGGCCCAACACGGACGCCUCGGUGAUCACUUUCCUGCCAGGCGAGGUCGAGAAACCUUGCAUCCUCGAAUUGGUGGACGACACGGAGCACGAAGAAGAGGAGGAACUGCGUCUGGUUCUGGGAAGCCCAAAAAGCGACUCUCCCUUCGGCGCCUCCGUCGGACAGCGGAAGGAAACGCUCGUUAGGAUAAAAGACGACGCCGACAAGUCCGUCAUCAAGUUCGGCGAGACCAAGUUCAGCGUGAACGAGCCCAAGGAACGAGGCCGAGUCUCCGUGGUGAGAAUCCCCGUGCUACGCGUGGGCGACUCCUCAAAAGUGUCCGUCGUCAGAGUCCACACCAAAGACGGAUCGGCCACUUCGGGAGAGGACUACCAUCCCGUAUCUGAAGAGCUGGUGUUUAAAGAAGGUGACACGCAGCACCACGUGGAGGUGGAGGUUUUAUACGAUGGCGUCAGAGAGAUGAGGGAGGCCUUCACCGUGCAUUUGAAACCUGAUGAGAACAUGGUGGCAGAGACGCAGGUGAGCAAAGCCAUCAUCUACAUCGAGGAGAGCAACAGCAUGGCCGACGUGACCUUCCCGUCGGUGCCCAGGGUGCUUUCUCUGCUCCGUUACGACGACGCCGACGAGAACGCCGAUUGGCUACCCGUGGCCGGCUACCCGCUCGUUUGUGUCACCGCGUGUAACCUCAAAUACCCGGACUACCACAAAACGGGCUCCAUCUGCGUCAGCGAGAACAUCAACGACACCCUGACGCGCUACCGCUGGCUCGUCGGCGCCCCCAAGGGCCCGGACGGCGUCACCGGACCCAUGCGAGAAGUGGACUUUGACACCUUCUUCACCUCGUCCAAGCUCAUCACGCUGGACUCGGUGUACUUCCGAGCCGGAUCUAGGGUGCAGUGCGCCGCCAGGGCCGUCAACUCGGACGGCGACCAGGGGCUGGAGCUUAGCAGCUCCGUGGUGACAAUCAGCACGGACGAGGGCAUGUGCCAACCACGCGUGAUGGGCACAGUGGGAGCCGAGCCCUUCUCCGCCAAGCUGCGCUACACUGGAGCCGAGGACCCCGACCAUCCCAAUCUUAUUAAAUUGACUGUCACUAUGCCUCACAUUGACGGUAUGCUACCUGUCGUGUCCACUCGUCCCUUAUCCAACUUUGAGCUGACCCUCAGCCCGGACGGCACCCGCGUGGGAAACCACCGUUGCUCCAACCUGCUGGACCACUCGGAAGUUACGACGCACCACGGCUUCCUGACCGACGCCACCAAGAACCCGCGGGUGAUCGGCGAGACGGCGCCCUACCAGUACAGCGCCGAGCUGAGGGGCGCCGGUACGCUGCGCUUCUACCGCAACCUCAACCUGGAGGCCUGCUUGUGGGAGUUCACCAACUAUUACGACAUGUCCGAGCUGCUCGGAGACUGCGGAGGGACUGUCGGGACGGAUGGACAGGUACUCAACCUGGUCCAGUCCUACGUGACGCUGCGGGUUCCACUCCACGUGUCCUACGUGUUCCACUCGCCGGCAGGUGCCGGCGGCUGGCAGCAUUUCGACCUGCAGUCUGAGCUGAGGCUGACUUUCGUGUACGACACCGCCAUCUUGUGGAGGGACGGCAUCGGCAGCCCGCCGGAAGCGGAGCUUCAAGGCGCGCUCUACCCGACCAGCAUGCGGAUUAACGAGCAGGGACGCCUGGUGGUCAACUUUCGUACUGAAGCUCGGUUUCGAGGACUCUUUGUCGUCAGGCAUCCUGCUUCCGCGCUCAGCUCCAUGGUGAUGUGCGAGGACCACCCCGCUUUGACCUUCAACCUCAGCCUGGUGCGCAGCGAGCCCACCUACAACCAGCCGGUCCAGCAGUGGACCUUCACCUCGGAUUUCGCCGUGCGCGACUACUCGGGCUCGUACGCCGUCAAGCUGCUGCCGUGCACCACGCCGCCCAGCCUGGAGUACGCCGUCCCGCCCGUGUGCAACCCGAGAGAACCCGUCGGGUUCGAUUUGGACAUCCGCUUUCAGCAGGUGAGCGACCCGGUAGCAGCGGAGUUCAGUCUAAACACGGAGAUGAUCCUGCUCUCCAAGAAGUCCCUGUGGCUCUCCGACGCGUCCGCCGGCUUCGGCCAGAGCGGUGACACGGCCUUCUCCCAAGGCGACACCAUCUACGGGCGCGUGAUGGUAGACCCGGUGCAGAACCUGGGCGACUCCUUCGUCUGCAACAUCGAGAAAGUCUUCCUCUGCACGGGCGCCGACGGUUACGUGCCCAAGUACGACCCGCGUCGCUCGGAGUUCGGCUGCCUGGCGGACGCGCCCUCGCUGCUCUACCGAUUCAAAAUCAUCGACAAAGCCCAGCCCGAGACUCAAGCUAGCUCCUUUGGAAGCGUGGCCUUCGGAGCCUUACUGGCCGCGGACGACCCCGCCGCUUUGCCGCUGGUCAGGCAGCCCGGAACCGAUGGAUUCGCCAUGCGAUCCGCUGCGCUAUUCCAGGUAUCAGCGGGUCGUGAGUGGUACAUCCACGCCAUCUACACGGUACGCUCCCGCGACAACGCCAACCGGGGUAUCGGCAAGCGGAGCCUAGAGUACCACGCGCUCAGCCGCCACCGAAGGGCCGCCGAAGUCGAGGCCAUCGGCGCUGACAGCGACCGCGGCACCAACAUCCUCCACGUGGCGCUGGACCGACGCACCCCCCGUGACCUCCGCGGGGAGCCCCCACUCCCCGAGGGGGCGGUUCCGCGCCAGCCGGGCCACGCCGAGGACGGUGACGACGAACCGGUGCUCAUCGUGGGCGCGGCGGUCGGGACGCUGCUCGCCGCGCUGGCCGUCGUAGUUCUGGCGGUGCUGGUGCGAUACAAGCGGGACGCCAAGGAGCCGUCGGACGGCGCCCGGUCAGCGGCGAAGGCGGGACUUGGCGACAGUUCCGAGGUGUGA